GAAAUCAAUCCACCAUGGAUAAACUCAGGGAAAAUGAAGAGAAGUUCAAUGGAAAUCGAAGGAGCAUAUGGUUCAAAAUUGGCGCUAAAACCAGGCUUGAAGACCAUAUUCGGAAGAGGUUUAGGAUUCAACAACGGUGACCGGACCGUCUCUCGCCGUCACGUUGAACUCGAGCUCGAAACUCCGGUCGAUAAAACCGGCGGGACCCAAAAUGAUCCCAUGGUUUCAUUUGAAGUUAUUGGAAAGAACCCGGUUUGGGUACGGAGCAGAACGAACGGAGAGAUUAAGGUUUAUAAAAGUUCCGAUAAAGGUCAGCUGGAAAAUGGCGAUUGGUUCUGCGUUUCGGGUCGGAUUCCUGUUUGGUUUGUAGUGAAGAAAAUUGAAGAAAAUGAAAAACAAGAAGAAGAUAGAGAUUUGGGGAGUGGGAGUGGAGCAGAGAGUGUUGAUGUUGAACAUAUCGAUCCAGUUAAAGAAUUCGGUUUUCUUGUGAUUGGGCAUGAGUUUGAUCAAUACCCUAAUCAAAGGAUCCCUAAUAUAAAGAACUGGGACUGGUUUCUGGAGGAACGUGUAAAGGGUAGCGAUCAUGAAGAUGACGAGGAUGAAGCUUUCGAUGGAAGGAGGAAAAGUCAGGGGAGAAAGAGAAAGGAAGGAGAAAACGCUGAUGAUGACUGGACUGGUGAGAGCGAGGGCGAUAUCGAGGAGGUUGCAUUGACAGGAAGAAAAGUCCGGAGAGGGAAUUAUUCUACAAGAUCAAAGGACCGUGAUAAGUCAAAAAAGGAUGGUGGAAAAAGGAGAAAUUAUGCGCCAACAAAAUCGGUUGCUGCAGGGGAAGAAGGUGGUGUUGACGACGAUGAUGAAACGCUUGGUGGAUUUAUCGUGGAGGAUGAUGAUGCGGAGGUGGAAGAAGAAAGCGAAUUGGAUGAAGAAGAGGAAGACGAUUUUGAUGAUGAAGAGGAGGACAAUGAAGAUGACAACUAGUAACAUGGUAAGCAUAUAUCUUUCGUAGUUAGUUAACCUGAAUUAGCUUAAUCUUUAUCUUUAAUUGAGCUUGAGCUUUAAAUGUGAAGUUCAAUUGACCCGAGCCAAGUAUCAAGACUCAGUUCUUGAAUGGAGUUUGAACUCUUGAGCUCGGGUCAACUCGAUUACAACCAUAGGAUUUGGUGGGAAAUGGUAUUGUUGUAUAAUGUGAUAGGUUGUAAAAUAUGGUGGUUGUUUUUAUAUCGUGAAUGGUCGAAAACUGGAAAUUUCAAGAUGUGAAUUU